AUGGCUACUAUGCCAGUAAAUCCUAAACCAUACCUUAAUGGUCUUAUGGGAAAAACUAUUAUUGCUAAACUUAAAUGGGGUCAUGAGUACAAAGGAUUUUUGGUGUCUACCGACAAUUAUAUGAACAUACAAUUGGCUAGUGCUACAGAAUUCGUUGAGGGUAAUGAACCAACUUUAUUGGGAGAAAUCAUGAUUAGGUAAGUUAAUAAAAUACUCAAAUUACCUACUAUUAGUUUUAUUUUUUAUUCCUUCUGGAUAUUUCGGAUUUGUGACUUUAGUCUUCAAACUUUGUCAUAUGUGUAUCAUUUACAUACACAUUUACUGAUUAUGUCCUUAUAUAUCUGUCAAUAUUAUGUAAAAUUUCUCUCAUUUUACAUUGUAUUGGCUUAAGUUUUUUAUUAUAUUUAACAAUUAUUAAUAUAAAAUUGUGAUUAUUUUUUUAUUUCAUAAUAAAAAGAAAUAUAAUAUUAUUUUCUAUUUUAUUUAGUUAAUUCCGGACAGUAUUCAUAAUUUAAGUACAUUUUUUAAAAAUGUCUUAUUCUAGGUGUAAUAAUGUCCUUUACAUCAGAUCAGUUGAUGAUGAAAAUGAAGUUGAUGAUUCAGAGAUGAAAGAUUAA